UCACUCAAUCAACCUAGCAUAGGUGGAGUUGCGCAAAAUGUAGAAUCUGCUAGAAUUUCUAAAAACUCUUCUCAAACAUUACUCACACGGUGCACGUAAGGCAAAGGGAAAGAGCAAAAAUAGGAAUUAUAAGUAUUAAAGAGAUGGCAGACCGUUUCUUUGCAAACACCAUGCCUAGUUUCAUCGAUGAAACUACAGUUCUUGAAGGACCAAAAGAUCCACUAUUAGAGCUUCUGUAUUUGCCUUAUGGAACUGUAACUCAGAAGCUCAAAAGGGCUGCUUUGGACCUCAAAGAAAUGAUUGUGAAGGAAACAUGGGCAUGUAAAGGGGGACGUGUGGGUGAUUAUUCAAUUUACACUGGAGCUUUGGGAACUGCUUUUUUGUUAUUUAAAGCUUACCAAGUUACUCAUGACAAGAAUGAUCUUGCUCUUUGUUCUGAUAUUAUCAAGGCUUGCAGCUCUGCUUCCCGCGGUUCUGGGCGUGUGACUUUCAUCUGUGGACAGGCUGGUGUCUAUGCUCUUGGUGCAGUUGUUGCCAAACACACUGGGAAUGAACAGUUGUGUGACCACUAUCUGACAAAAUUCAAAGAGAUUGAGCUUCCUAAAGAUCUCCCAAAUGAGUUGUUGUAUGGGAGAGCUGGUUUCUUGUGGGCCUGUUCAUUCGUAAACAAAAAUAUUGGUAGCAAUACAAUAUCACCUACCCAAAUUCAAGCAGUUGUUGCUGAGGUUAUAAAGUCUGGACGAAAAACGGGGAAAGGAAGAUGUCCUUUAAUGUACGAAUGGCAUGGAAAAAAAUACUGGGGUGCUGCUCAUGGGCUAGCUGGGAUAAUGUAUGUACUUAUGGACAUGGAACUGAAAGCAGACGAGGCUGAGGAUGUGAAGGCCACACUGCGUUACAUGAUCCGAAAUCGUUUUCCUAGUGGAAAUUACCCCUCAAGUGAAGGAAGUGAAUCUGAUCGACUUGUGCAUUGGUGCCAUGGUGCUCCAGGUGUCGCCCUUACUCUAAUCAAAGCAGCUAAGGUUUUCAACAGUGAAGAGUUUCUGCAGGCAGCUGCAGAAGCAGCUGAGGUGGUUUGGAAUCGGGGCUUACUCAAACGGGUGGGAAUUUGUCAUGGUGUUAGUGGAAAUUCGUAUGUAUUUCUUUCACUAUAUCGUUUGACAGGUAAAGUGGAGUAUUUGUACAAGGCGAAGGCAUUUGCCUGCUUUCUGCACGCUAGAGGUCAAACACUUAUAUCGGAGGGAGUUAUGCACGGAGGUGAUCGCCCAUACUCGUUGUUUGAAGGAGUUGGAGGAAUGGCUUAUCUCUUUCUUGACAUGAUAGAACCAAUGGAGACCAGGUUCCCAGCAUAUGAACUCUAGUUUAGUACAUAGAGAAUGUGCUGUAGAAUCAGCUAUGUAAAUAUUUUAGGUAAUGUG